AUGGGAAAGACACAAAUAUGGCAAAGAGGUAAAUAUGGCCAAGAGGAAAACAUGGAAAAGACGCAAAUAUGGGAAAAACGCAAAUAUGGCAAAAACACAAAUAUGGGAAAAACGCAAAUAUGGGAAAAACGCAAAUAUGGGAAAAACGCAAAUAUGGGAAAAACGCAAAUAUGGGGAAAACGCAAAUAUGGGGAAAACGCAAAUAUGGGAAAAACACAAAUAUGGGAAAAACACAAAUAUGGGAAAAACGCAAAUAUGGGAAAAAUGCAAAUAUGGGAAAAACGCAAAUAUAGGGAAAACGCAAAUAUGGGAAAAACACAAAUAUGGGAAAAACACAAAUAUGGGAAAAACGCAAAUAUGGGAAAAACACAAAUAUGGGCAAACGCAAAUAAUGGAAAAACCCAAAUAAGGGAAAAAAGCAAAUAUGGCAAAAACGCAAAUAUGGCAAAAACGCAAAUAUGGGAGAGACGCAAAUAUGGGAAAGACGCAAAUCUGGCAAAGACGCAAAUAUGGCAAAGACGCAAAUAUGGCAAAGACGCAAAUAUGGCAAAGACGCAAAUAUGGCAAAAGCUUAAAUAUGGCAAAAGCGGAAAUAUGGCAAAUGCGGAAAUAUGGCAAAAUCGGAAAUAUGGCAUAAUAGGAAAUAUGGCAAAAUCGGAAAUGUGGCAAAAUCGGAAAUAUGGCAAAAUCGGAAAUAUGGCAAAAGCGGAAAUAUGGCAAAAUCGGAAAUAUGGCAAAAUCGGAAAUAUGACAGAUACGCAAAUAUGGCAAAAACGCAAAUAUUGGAAAAACGCAAAUAUGAGAAAAAUGGAAAUAUGGGAAAAACGCAAAUGUGGGAAAAAUGCAAAUAUGGGAAAAACGCAAAUAUGGGAAAAACGCAAAUAUGGGAAAAACGCAAACACUGCAGAAACGGAAACAUGGCAGAUAUGCAAACAUGGCAGAAACGCAAACAUGCCAGAAACGUAA